UUAAAGGUGGAAUACACGCAAAAUGAGAUCCUGAAAUGAGCACAAUUACUCAACAGCUGAAAGGUUGGACAGAUGUUUGUGGAGAUCAGGUGAUGUGGGCAGGGUGAGCAUCAGGCUGUUAACCACGAGUUUCCAUGAGACAGAGAGGAGGCUGUCUCUCUUUCUGAGGCAGUCUUUCAGGCAGAUGUUACGGAACCUGUUGCUUGUCCAGAUGCAUUUGCAACUUUUGGCUCUCCUCUCCCUUGUUUGUCAGACACUUAAUUUGACGUUAGCUGCAAGAAAACGAAGCGAGGACUGCAGCAGCUGUCUGGAGUGUUCGAAGGAAAACGGCUGCCUGCGCUGCUCUGAGCGCCUCUUCCUGUUCCUGAACAGAGAUGGCAUGAGUCACUACGGCUCUUGUCUUUAUUCCUGCCCCUCCGGACACUUCGGCCUCCGAGGCAAAGAUCUCAACCGCUGCAUGAAAUGCAAAGCUCCAGAGUGUGAGAGGUGCUUCAGCAAAGACUUCUGCACUAAGUGCAAGGGAGGACAUCUGCUCUUCAAAGGCAAAUGCUUCAAAAACUGUCCAGAGGGCACAUUUCCACAGUCCACAGACUGUGUUGAAGGCUGUGUGUUCAGUAGCGUAGCUUUCUGGGGUGAGUGGAGCCCAUGCCAGCACAACGGCCUGAGCUGUGGUGUCAGAUGGGGGCAGCAGAGCAGGACCCGUGAGCUGUCCAGAAACACGCCUGAAGAAACAGACGCAGGCUGUUCACAUCAGACUGAGCGCAGAAAGUGCAGGAUUAAGAAGAGGUGUCCAAAAGAUAAAAGGCAAAAUGAAAGGAGAGGAGGAAGAAGAAAGGCACAGAAAAGGCUAAAGCUCUUCGGGAACAGAACCAUCACAGAACCUCCAUAAAGAAUGUAAAGUUCUGGAACUAAAGUCAGUUUUAUUCUUUAGUAAUAUAUAUAUAUAGUAUAUAACAAUAUUUUUGUAUAAAUAAUUGUUAUAUGGCUACUUUAAAAAAGUGUAACAUAUAUCAAGAUAUUGCACAUCCUUUUUUUAAUGCAGAUGUAUUAAGUGACAAGUUGGAAGGGUUUCCCCCAACACUACCACAUGACUUAAACCUCGGGUAAAGUGGGGUUUGACAAAGACGAGAUCCAUGUUGGACUAGGACACUGUACAUUUCCUUCUGAUGAAUAACAGAAGAACAGCUUCAUGUGGUUUGAGCUGUAUCUUCACAUCUUUCUGUGCAUGCCUCGGCUGUUCUGUGCUUUCCAACCACAGACUCUCUUUAUAUUUGCACUUCUUCACAAUAAUUGUAUUAGAGAAAAUAGAGACACAGAAUGAUGUAAAAUCGUGUAAAGAGAAGCCAAAAACAUGACCUUGUACUCCAUUUAUUCAGUCUUGAACCGUGUAAUUGGCUGUAGACAAGUCAUGUGACCCAAUGAUUGGCACAGAUUUAUUCU